UCCGAAUCACUUGCCAUUCUUAGCCUAGCCGACGGUACAAAUGAUUCUGUAAAUAACAAAUGGUUUUUAAUAAAUUCUUGUUCUUGGAUUAGCUUUUAAUUUUAUUUUCUUUAUCUAGCAAUGGCGGGUUUUUACAAUCUUGACCAUAAGGAAGUUAUUCGAGUAAAAGUAAAAAAAUGUGAUGGCAGAAUGCAGCCAGAAUAUAAAAAGUUUUCAAUAGAUCCUCAAAUUACAUCUUUUGAAAUGCUGCAAGGAAUCUUAGCUCGAGCAUUUGAAAUCACCAGUGACUUUACAAUCAGCUAUUUGGCUAGAGACUCAGAAGGGCAAGCAGUCUAUCUGUCAAUGUUGUCUGACUGGGAUAUGGAUGCUGCUUUCCAGUGUGCUGCAGAUCCAUGCCUAAAGUUGAAGGUGGAUUUGCGCCCCUUUGAAGAAGAACUUGAAGACUGGGAUGUUAUAGCCCCUGCUGAAAUUCCACAUCAUAGGAUCACAAGCUUACUGGAUAAAAACUCCAUUUUAGGCUCUAUAACUGGGACUAUAACACAAAACUUAGGCAAAACCGUCAACUCUGUCCAAAGAGCAAUGGGGCUGAAGCAAGCAGAAAAUGAGGUGAUAAAACCACUGAAACCUCCUAUGUCUGACAUGGAAUUUAAAAACUAUCUUGAUAGUGAGGGGCACAUGAUUCGACCAAAUGAGUUUCGUUUAUCAGUUUAUCAGGGUGGCAUUGAGCCAUCAUUGCGCAGGGUGGCUUGGAGGCAUCUGCUUAAUAUCUUUCCUGCCAACAUGUCUGGUCAGAGCCGUUUUUAUUACAUGAAAAGGAAAGAAGAGGAGUAUAGAAACCUGAAGGAAGAGUGGCUGGAGAGGUUCAAAAACAACACGGCCACAGAGGAAGUUAAAUACGUGGCCAGCAUGGUGAAGAAGGAUGUGUUGCGCACAGACAGAUGUCAUGGGUUUUACGCAGGGAAUGAUGAGAAUGAGAACACCCUGUCCCUGUUUCACAUCCUUGUGACAUAUGCUCUCACACAUCCUGAUGUCUCUUACUGCCAAGGGAUGAGUGAUCUAGCCUCGCCACUGCUAGUCACCCAGAAGGAUGAAGGGCAGGCUUACAUUUGCUUCUGUGCUCUCAUGGGCAGACUGCGGGAUAAUUUUACACUUGAAGGCAACGCAAUCAUGAGCAAAUUUAAACACCUGUCGGAGCUGUUGAGCAUGUACGAUCCAUUACUCCACGCCUACCUGGUCCAGAACAGCGCAGGCGACAUGUUUUUCUGCUACCGCUGGUUCCUCCUGGAGCUGAAACGUGAGUUCCCAUUUACGGAUGCCCUGUAUGUUUUAGAGGUGAUGUGGGCCACACUGCCACCUUCGCCUCCGCCUUUUGAACUGGCCCUUGUAGAUCCUGACUACUCCUGCAAGCUCCUGUCUAGCUCCCCCUCGUCUCCGUCACUAACCAUGCAGCAUGCCAUGUAUGCUAAACUACUAGCCAUGCGUAGAGUUGGGGCUCUGCACAAGGCAACAAGGGCAUCGCUACCAAUAUCCAGUCCUGUAAGCAGGGCAUCUGCUAACAAUAAUUUAAGUACAGAAACCCUGCCCCCUGUUAAUGCCAGCGCAGUGUCAUCUUUUGACACGUCCCCCGGGGACACAGAAGACCGGGGAGACUUCCCAGCAGUAGACAAUGUCAUGACCCGAUCCAUGCAAAUGAAAUCCAACAGCAUUGACCUGAUUCUUCAAGAAGACACCACCUCUAUAGGAGAUGAAAAUGUAGGUAGCAUAGAGGUUAAAGAAAACAGUGAAGACUUUAAUGAACAUUCUAGGAAUAGUUGUGUACUUAGCACCACUUUAACUUCUCAACCAGUAUCUUCUGAUCUUAAGGGUAGCUCCAAGUUGAGUGACAGUCAUUUUGUGGAUACUGAGCCAUCUGGUCAAUCAGUUGCUGAGGUGGGUGGCUACAUAGGCACAGACUGUGAUGAUGAGCGCAAUGAACGAAGCUGGAGUAUCAAUUCUGCUGUUUCAGGCUCCUCAGAGAAUUCAGAAGGAAAUACCCAGUUUACUUUAUCUCUUGAUUCCAAUAUUAACAAUUCCACUGAGGCCAGUGAAAAUCUGACUGUUGAUACUUCCAUUGAUGUACUUAAAACAUCACAAGAUAAAGACAGUGGAAAUGGAUUGUAUAAAAAGUCCAAGUCACCAAGUAAAAUUGGCGACACCCAAGAUGACUCUGGAAUUUUUCAAAGCAUGAAGAGGCUCCUAGCCUCCCCAAAACGCAAGCCCAACAGCUCCUCUCCAGAUUUAACAGCCUCGCCCUCGUCUUCACCUAAAAAAUCUGUCAGAACUACCCCAGUAGGUGGAAUGUUACCCCCUGGCACAGAUGACAUUCAGAGGCUGAUGAAAAACAACAGCUCAGAUUCACACCUCUCAGACUGCCAGGAAGCCACAGAGUCCCUAGAGAGCUCUGUCAACAACAGCCCACACCAGAGAGACCCAUCCAAACUUCCACCCCCUCAGGAAUUUGGCGCAGGCAAUCCAUUCCUCAUAUUUCUCUGCCUGACCCUGCUGGUCCAGCACAGGGAGAAGAUCAUCCAGCAAGGGAUGUGUUAUGAGGACAUCGCCAUGUACUUUGAUAGACUUGUCAGAAGACAUGAUGCCAACCGUGUACUGCAUCAUGCCAGGCAAAUGUACACUGAGUAUCUUAGAGCUCAGCAAGCCAACAUGGAGAAAGAGAGAGGAGACAGUGGGGAAUUAGGAAUGAGCUGUUAGUUUAUCCAUUUUUAAAAUAUUUGUUUUUAUCAUGUAACUAUUAUUUUGUCCUAUACAUUUUUUUGUGAACAUAAAAUGUUAAAAUAAAGAAAAAAGAAGCGCUUAAAACAUUUGGUAAAUUUUUUGGAUCAAAAUGUCAUUUUAGUCUUCUUUUUAUUGAAAAUGUUUUACAUGGUAUUGGAUGAUAUUCCGGGUUAUGAGAGGCAUUCAUUGAACAAUGUUCUUUGUUAAAUUUCCUCUAGAAAUGGAUUUAAGUAUCUUCUACCUGAUAUUACACAACCCCUUUUAGUUUUUGAUUCUGUUGUAUUGGAUAUGCAUAAUUCUUUUUUUAAGGCAGAGGUUUCUGAAGUUUUUAAUUAAAGAUGCAGGAAAUAUAUUUUGUUAGUGUUACUAGAUAGGAAAGGUUAUAAUUUGUUGUCUCAUUAGUCAGUGCAGUUUUUGCCUUGGCUGUUUUCAUGGAAGAUGCAGAUUAGAAAUUUGUUUUUAGACUUUCAACAUUCAGUUGCCUGUAAGUUAAAUUUUUUUGUAGUAUAUACACAUAGUUAUAGAUUUAAAAAAAAAUCAUUUUAAAGGUUUGGUUGUCAUUGUUAUUAUAAUUUUAUUACUAAGCUAAGAAAGUGCAAUAUUGUGCAACCUUUAAGAGCUACUUAUUUCACAAAGCUAUAAAUCAUGUACACAAUCCCCAACUUGUUUUUAACAGUAUUUUAUGUUAACUGGUUAUCAUGUAUUGCAUUUCUCGUUUUUAGAUUGUCAUUUUCAGUGUGAAAUUUUAUUAUAAAACAUGCUUUUACUUAUUUUACAUUCAUUUAGAUGAUCUCACUUUUGCAAGCAUAAUGAUUUUAAAAUUUUAUUUUAAGAUUUUAAUACUCAUAUUUUCAGAGGGAAGCACAAAUGAAAAUUGUAGUUAUCCCAUUGAGUUAGGACAGUUCUCAUAUUUAAAGUAGAAUGUUAAUGCUGUUGUAUAAAAAGAGAGCAAAUUUGUUAUCAAAAUAAGUGUGUCAAGCCCUACUUUAACAUAGCUAUAGUGGCUGUAUCUAUACUUAACCAUGCAUACAAUAAUAUAACUUAAAAAUAUUUAACUAACAAGUUAUAUAAUAUAAAUAAGCUGUUGCUUGACAGAGGUAAUCUGAUCAUGUGGCCACGGCAAUUGGGGGAAUUGUUUGGCCACAGGAGUUAAUUGUGCUUAAAUGACCAGAGCAUGGUGGAAUAGUUUGGCCAAAAAUUUUCUUAAUCUUUACAAUUUGUACCUCAAUUUACUUGAUAAAUUUAUAGCUUUACAUCUCUUUGGGGCUAUUAUUUUGAAACUGUAGGUGUUCUCUGUACCUGAUAGCACACUCACACGAAUAUGUCUUUAGGAAAAUGUAUUUUCAUCUUCUUCUCAUCAUAAAAAAAGUAUCUACAGUUAUUGAUUGAAGGCAUAGGUAGUAAUUAAAUCUUCAUGAUAAAUAAAAUGUUAUAUUUGUUGUCUAGACAGAAUUUUUUUGGGGGAAAUUCUGGUUAUGAAUUACUAAAGUUAAUAGACUAAAAGUAAAUCACUCCUUAUCUAUCAUUUGUUUUAUACUUUUAUGUUGCAAAAAAAAAAAAAAUUGAAGAAAACUCAUUUUGUAAAAUCAUUGCAUGCUUCUGUAUUUGUAAAUACAUUAAAGUAUUCCAUUUUAUUUUUUCAGUGAAAAUAAUUUUUUUACACAAAUAUUAAUUUGCAAACUUUACAGCUUAUUUUAUUUACUCCUACUUAAACUUGGUUCUGGGAAUCAAGAACAGUAAUUUCAGUUGUGAAGUGUGCAAUGAUAUCGUGCAUUUUAAAUCUGUUACAUUCCUGUUGUUGAAUAAGAUGCUUUGCUAUUUGAACUAGUUACAAACUUAAAAUCUCAUUGCUUGGACCAUAAUACCGGUGUUCAUUUUGUUUAGUGGUACACUGAACUAUACCUGAAUGUUGCAGUUCUUCUGUCCUGAUUUGAUGUAUUUCUCUCCAUCUCAUUUGAAGUUGUCAGCAUAAACAAUAUGACCUGUAUUGCCUGUGAUACUAAUUGUUUGACUUAAAGAUGAUGAAAUUCUUGAGUUUUGCUCAGUCCCGUUUUUCACAUUUUAUCUAGAAAUCAUAUUCUGAUUGUGCAACAAAAUAUUUUUAAAAUUUUGUUCUUAAAGCUUUAAUUAUGACAUUAUCCAGUUUGAUCAGCUUUUGUUUUAAAAAGUUAAUUUGCUUAAUCUGUAUAUAGUCAGCCCAUGAAUACUCGGCCGUGUUCAAGUUUUGGCAUUUUAUGUUAUUUGGCUCUCCAAAUCAGUGUGUGCUUCCAUCUUUAGUUUGGCAAAAUUUAUCUAUCCUUUUUUUUAAUUCUUAAAGAUCCAAGACUUGUUUUUUUUAAUAAUUUAAUUGGGAAUUAAUUUCCUUUUUAUUUAAAAAAUAAGACAAUUUUUAGGAUUUAAAAUAGUUUCAGCAAAUUAAUUUUUUUUGUUAAAUUAAAAUGUUUGUGCUAUUCAGUUUUGAGGUGCAUAAAGCUAGUGUUUCAAACUUUGGCCCAUUUUAGCAUUUAAAUUGUAGUGGAGAAAUUAUCUUGAUAAUGAUGGCCUUGUCAUUUGUCAAGUAUGGUCAAUAUGAUACACACAUGAUAAACAAGUGUUCACUGCGUAAAAUUAUCUGUCGUAGAUGAGAUUUGCACAUUUUUAUGACUGGUGUAGACUGCAAAAUUAAAAAUAGAAUAUUAAUGCUGAUGAAAAAUAUUGUGGAUUUAAAACCAGCUCUUAGUAUUCUAGUGAAACUUCUACACUUGCAUUGUACAGAUAUGUAUUUUUGUUAUGCAAAAUAAAAUAAUUUAUCCAUAUUAAGAUACUCAUAUUUAUUUAUUUAUAAUCAAUUAAAAUGUGUAACUAGUUGCUAGGCUGUUUUUAAUUAAGUUAUAUCCACUUGCCAAAAAGUUAUUUUAAGAUUUUGAGGGAACUUGCGCUACUUUAUAUAUAUUAUAUAUGCUUAGUUUUUUAUCAAAUGGGCACUCAAAUUUUAAAACAUUUAUAAGAAUUUUCUUUCUCGACAAUCUCUUCUAGAAAAUUUGCAUUUUGGAUAUAUAAAUUACAUUACAAACUCAUUUUGAUUGUGUUGCUCUAAUAAUAGAUUGGACAGUAACCAUGGAAACUUUAAUCUGGUGUAUUUAAAAAAAUCCAAUAUUUUGUGCAAUUUGCAGACAUUAAAACAUAAGAUCCAUUACAUUCCUUUAAUUUUCAUGGUCUUUGGGUGUACAACUUUUUUGUGUGAUGAUGCUUAAUUAUGUUAUCUGAAUGUAUUUUACACAAAUCUUUUUUUCCCUACUGAAUCUUUAACAUAAUCAUAAUAUAUACAAUGUAGAAUUCAAAAAUUUUUGCACACAUUUAACUAAGCCUUAUUUAGUAGUCAUUACAAAACACAGUUAAGUUCAAUUCAUGAAAUCUCAAAGGUUUCAUUAGAUUUGCUAAAAUAAAUAAUCUGCAGUAUAGAGGCAAAAAGUUUACAAAUGUUUUAAGUAUUUCAUUGUUCUCAAACUUUUUAUGUGCAAUAAAAUGUAAAUAUGUUGGGUUUUUGUUUUCAUCUUAUCCCUCUACCAUGAAAAAUAAAUUUUGAAAAAUGCUUUGAGUUGUCAAAAAUAUGAUUCCUGUUGUCAUCCACAACAAAACCCUCUUGCAAAGAUAUUUUUUUCUAUUAAAAGCUUGGUGUAUACAGCAGAAAAGAUUGAGAAAUUCUGUUAUAACUAUUAAUCUAGAGGGUUGGCGUGGUCGAGCGGGUAAUGCUCAUGGUUGCUAAACCGAAAAGUCUGGAGUUCAAACCCUCUGGCAAAUGAG